AUGGUGAGGAUAAACCAGGGAAUAAAAGAUUUGGUAUCUCGAGGGGCUGUCACCUACCAGCUGGACUAUUCCUGCUGUUACAACACAUUGUUGCUGGAUGAGGAGCGGGGCAAAUUAUUUGUGGGAUCGAAGAAUUACCUCAUCGCUCUCAACUUAGAAAACAUCAGCAAACAUGACAAGAAGAUUUACUGGCCAGCCCCUGUGGAAUGGAGAGAAGAGUGUAACUGGGCAGGCAAGGAUUUACAUGCAGAAUGUGCCAACUUCAUCAAGGUGCUGCAUCCCUUCAACAGAACCCACCUAUAUACCUGUGGCACUGGAGCCUUCCACCCAGUCUGUGCCUAUUUGGAAGUAGGGAGCAAAUGGGACGACCACCAGUUCCGGAUUGAUUUCAAUCAGAUUGAAGAUGGUAAAGGGAGAAGCCCAUAUGAUGCCAAGCAUCUAUCAACCUCCAUUCUGAUUGGUGAGGAGCUGUACUCUGGAGUGGCCACCGACUUGAUGGGCCGUGAUUUCACCAUCUUCCGGAGCCUUGGGCAUCGCCACUCCAUCAGGACAGAGCAGCACGACUCACGCUGGCUAAACGAUCCCAAGUUUGUGGGCUCCUUCUGGGUCCCAGAGAGCGACAACCCGGACGAUGACAAAAUCUACUUCUUCUUCCGAGAGAUGGCCGUCGAAGGGCAGAACCUGGGCAAGUCCACCUUCUCGCGAGUGGGCCAACUGUGUCGGAACGACCACGGAGGUUUGAGAAGCCUGGUGAACAAAUGGACCACGUUUCUGAAGGCCCGUUUAAUCUGUUCAGUCCCAGGAAGUGAAGGAAUUGAUACUCAUUUUGAUGAGAUCAGGGAUGUCUUCUUCCUCCAGACGAGGGAUCGCAGGAACCCUUUAGUCUACACGGUCUUCAGUACUUCAAGCAAUGUCUUCAAAGGCUCAGCUGUGUGUGUCUACAGCAUGAACGAUAUUCGCAGAGCUUUCCUGGGACCCUUCGCCCAUAAAGAGGGUCCAAACUAUCAGUGGGUACCAUACCAGGGGAAAGUGCCAUACCCUCGGCCAGGAAUGUGUCCAAGCAAAACCUUUGGGGGCUUUCAGUCAACCAAAGAGUUUCCUGACGACGUCGUACUGUUUGCUCGAAACCAUCCCCUGAUGUACAAUGCCAUUAACCCCAUUGGCCAUCGACCAAUCCUGGUGAAAACCAAUGUUGACUACAGCUUCACUCAGAUAGUGGUAGACAGAGUGGAUGCAGGCGAUGGACGCUAUGAUGUUAUGUUUAUUGGAACAGAUAUCGGGACAGUUUUGAAAGUCAUCUCGGUGCCAAAGGAAAGUUGGCAGAACAUGGAAGAGCUUCUUCUCGAAGAGCUGCAAGUCUUCCAGGACUCUGCACCUAUAACCAGUAUGCAACUCUCAUCAAAACGACAACAACUAUACAUUGGCUCAGAUACAGCCAUCUCCCAGCUGCCUUUGCAACAUUGCAGUAUCUAUGGGAAAGCAUGCGCUGAGUGCUGUCUGGCCCGAGAUCCCUACUGUGCCUGGGAUGGAAACAGCUGCACCAGAUACCUAGCGAAUACCAAAAGGCGAUUUCGACGUCAAGAUGUGAGGAAUGGAGACCCCAAUACACUUUGCUCAGGAGAUGAUAAAAGACAGGAAGAAGAGGUGCUUGAAAAUUACAAGAGCGGAAGGAAUUUGGGUAAAGCAACCCCAGAGAAGGAAUUGUUGAUAUUUCACUAA